CCACCAACCACCCAACUUCCAGGCAAUUUCGCUCCCGAUCCACUCAUCUUCUAUUUAUUCAUUAGCUCACCAAAAUAAUUUCAUUAGCUCACCAAACAGUCCAAACAAGAAGAAAAAGACAUGGACCCAGAAACUGCAAACGGCACCGUUUCCGAAACCGUCACCCUCCGACGGCUGGAAGUCUCCGACGUCGACGAUUUCAUGGUGUGGGCUGGAGACGAGAGAGUGGCGAAAUUCUGCACGUGGGAGCCGUGCACCAACAAAGACCAAGCCCUCGAUUUCAUUAAGAGCAGGGUCAUCACUCACCCGUGGCUCAGGGCGAUCUGUCUCGAAGGCAGGCCAAUCGGUACCAUUUUGAUGACCAGAGAUUCCGGCGGCGGCGAUGCUUGCCGCGCGGAGAUCGGGUACCACGUGGCGUGGCAGCACUGGGGGAAAGGGAUCGCGACGGCGGCGGUGAAGAUGGCGGUGAAGGAGGUGUUUGCGGAGUGGGGGCCGCAGCUGGAGCGGGUGGAGGGUUUGGUGGAUGCGGAGAAUGUUGGGUCGCAGAGGGUUUUGGAGAAGGCUGGGUUUUGCAGGGAAGGUUUGCUGAGGAAGUAUUUUGUUCUCAAGGGGAGGACUUGUGAUAUGGUGAUGUUUAGCAUUUUGGCUACUGAUGUACUUCCUUGUUGAAACUUAUCCAGAGGUGUAUUAUAUUGUUUGUUUCUUUUGCUCUAUUUUCUCUCUGUUCUUUGGCCGAAUUAAGCUUACCGAACUUGAAUUUGAGACUUUCCUCAGUUCCUGUAGAGGCUCGUGUGCUUCAACUUCGUCAAGUAGGAUCUUGGGGGCUUGAAGUAUCUUUAAUUCCGACGUUGAGAAUUGCAGUUGCUAAGAUGCUCUGUUUUCCCAUUUUGGUAUCAUUCUGAUAAUAUUAUGGUCUUGAGCUGUUUCCUGUUUAUGUUUUCAUACCCAUCUUCUGAUAUGUUUAUGAACCUUCACAUUUGGUAGAGAAUCUAUUUGUAUGUGACCAACCAGCAUCACAUAGGCGAGGCUUCAAUGAAGAAGAAGCAUGAUGACAUACACACUUGGAUGAGGAUGAUUCACAUUUUAAAAAAGAUUAUUAGUGGAUUUUUGGCACAACUUAUAAGCUCCUAAGUGACGUUGAAUACUUCAGAGCUCACAACAUAGUUGCAGGGGGUGGUCUUCGGUUCACAUCGUAUCACAUUGAUAUAUGGAUUGUUGCGGUUACUUAAACGAUGUUAGUAUUGGGCCUUGUUGGGUCUUGUCCGAGUUGUAGUACGUACGGAUAAUUGCUCGUACUCGACUCUUCUCGUUAGGAUUUUAACCCUAGUCUAUCUCUAUAUAAGACUUAGAUACGAACCUGUCGUAAGCAAGCUGUCACAAUGUAAACCUAAUAAGAGAUCAGCUGUGAG